AUGGAAGCAAGCCUGCAAAGGGAGCUUAAGCGUAAGUAUUUUGUUGUUAUUCUCUUUCGUUCAAGAUAAUUUUUUAUUGUUAUGUUGUGUAUGAUUGCAAAUGGUUGUCAUUUAAAGUUAAGCCUCUAUGUCGGUUUGACUCCCUGCAAGCCACAUUCCCCUCAAGCCAUAUAUUCCCUGGGGACGUUCCAUGUUUUAUCCGCAGACCCCCCUUCCCGAAUUUUCGAACAGGGGGUUCGGAUUUUUUCUUUAAAGAAGCCAAAAAAAUUUGGACUGAUCAGACAAAAAUUUUCAGAAGGUGCUGACGAAAAGUAAACCCUUCGGAUUUCAUAUUUCAAAGGGUGCCAACAAAAAUUGAAGGGUUCGGACAUCCGAACCCUCCAAUUUUUGUCGAUUCCAUCCAUCUUUAGGGGUCACCUUAGUGUCUGUAUUAAUGGGGGUUUACUGUAUUUGGGUUGACUAGGAUUCUGAUAAAUAUUAUAUUGUAGUACUUUUUGCUCAUAAAUUGUAAUAUACAGCUAUAUAUUACUCUGACUUUAUUUUAAAUAGAGCUCAGUAGAAGAAAAUUAAAAGCUCAAGAGAAAGGAGAUUUAGCAGAAGAGGCGAAACUCUGUAAUGCCGUUGGAGAGUGGCUAUCCCAGUAUGGUAUGGAAGUUAUCUGACUGUUUAGCAUCACUAAGUUAAUUUUGUGUCUUGUAUCUUUCAAGGCUAAAAAAAACUUUUUAGCUAAGAACGUAAGCACAUCAAGCCAAACUUUGGCAUUUUUUGUCUUAACAUAGAGAACUCUUUAAAGUUCUUUUUACUUGGUCACAUUACUCUGCAUUUUUCAAGCAGAGUGACAAAAGGAUUCCUAAAGGUUUCCAUCCGAGUUGACCGCUAAACUUCUAGCUCAGUUAAAAUAGUGCUAGUCUGAUAAGUUGGUGCCGGUAGGUUCUAAUUCAACCAACAUAACCAGGGAAACAUUAACAUUUUUUGAUUCUUGUAUUUAUUUAGGUUACUUUGAGAAGGCUGUAAAGGAGCACACUAGGGAGGUACAGUUAUCUGAAGCAAGCCAGGACAGCAUUGGAGCUGCCAUUGCUCAUAGGAAAGUUGGAGAAUGUCUGUGUGCAUUGAAAAAGUACAAAGAGGCAUUGUUUCACCAGAAUUUACACCUUGAGGUAUAGUGGAAUCAUGGCAAUUUUAAGAGGCAGGAGUCCACUUCUUUCCUCUGCCCUAUUCAACACACUUUACUCUGUUUUUUUGAAUACAUGCAAACUUAUAGUCCAAAAGUCUGGCAUAAUCUCAUUUAGUAAAAUCCAACUAGUGGUCUAUUAUCAAUGCUGCGUUCUGAUUGGUUGAGCUACUACUAGGCUAUAUGUUAUAGCCCCCUAGUAGCCUCAUGGGCCAUUGACUCAAAGUCCAUUUAGGCUCAAGAAAUAAUUGUUAAAUAAUUUCUUAUUAUCAGUUGUUGUAGACCUUGUACAGUUUUUUUAACUUUUGACAUGGACAAGUAAUAGGGAAAGUCCACUGACACCGCUGGAAUGAGUGCUAAGAUAUUGCUUGGCAAAGUUGCAAAAGUUUACAGAUGUUUGUAUGGUAGAGGGCAAGUUUGUGCCCCCCCCACCACCAUACAAACAUCUGUAAAAUUGUGCGAGUUUGAGAAGCUAUAUCUUCGUUAGUUUUUAACAAAUAACUUUCAAACUUCGCAAUUUUACUAAUCUUAAGACACUCGUUUCAGUGGUGUUGACGGAUUUUGCCGAACUUGUCCAUGUCAAAAGUGAAAAAAAAAAAACGCAAUUUAAAGGUCUGUUACUUGUUUGUAAUCACAGCAGGAAACAGCGACGCAUUUUGCAAAAAUUCUAUCAUUCAAAAUAUUUUGCCGUUUCUAAUUGGCUGAUUCUUCACAACUAGGUGGUGCUAUGUUUGGAAGAUGUGAGCAAUAUCAAUAUGAGGGUAUAUUGCCCUAAUAUAAAUCUUGUUCCCAGGCAUUGGUGUAGAGGCUAGCUAUUUUGGCAUGAGUGAGUUCAUCGCUACCCACUACAAAAUUGCCGAAUAAUAGACAAGAGAAGUUUGAUGUCAUAAAAAUUGAAAUUUGUGGAAUUAAGGAUUGGUUGGCAUAUUCAGAAAGAACAAGCUAUCACUAAAGCUUUUGUCUGCAUGCUGAUAGGCAAAAAAAUAUUUUUGCAUGGCUUUGGCAUGAAAUGAAGGAUUAUGUAGAUCACUGAAGCUGUUAUUCAGUGAUACCGAAAUAACACCCUUCCCGUUCUUCAUAAUUCCUCACAUCAUACACAACCUUAUUCAAUAAUAAUGUUACUGGUAAUUAUCACAGAUGAUAGUGUUGGUAUGGAAAAAGCAAGCUGGACAAAAAAGGAAGUGAAUUUUAAGGGACUGCAAUCAAAUAAGAUUUUAAAAGGCCAAUCCUUUCCAAUUUAAAUUAAAUGAGAUUUCCCUCAAUUGUUUACUGAAAAUAGGUAUUCAAAAUGGAUGUCUAAACAAACUCUCCCUUCUUUUCUUUUCUUUUGGAAAGCUUGCUCAAUCUGCUGGAAGCCUUGUAGAAGAACAGAGGGCAUUAGCAACCAUUGGUCGUACAUGGUUUGUUCAUUCAGAUGAUGCAGCUAGCACCAAUGAAGUAGAGGAAUGCUUGCUUGAGUCUCAGAAAGCCUAUCUAAAGAGCCUGUCUGUUUGCGACAAACUACGAGAAUAUGUCUCAGAAAAAGAGCUGUUGGAAAUGAGGUCAAGAUUGUAUUUGAACCUUGGUCUUACAUAUGACACGCAGAAUGAUUCUACCAGAGCUAAGAGUUUUAUGGAGAAAGCCUUGAUCAUUGCUCGGUAAGUUUCUAGCCUCAGUCUCAGUUUAAGCAGGGCUGUCACUACUAACUUUUAGAUUAUAAAACAAGGAUUACUACAAGUAGAUUACUACAAGUAGAUUUCCCCAUAAUAGGUACUACUCGCUCGUAAAUCAGUGACAUUUUGGCAGGAAAACAUGAUAGCCCCUGUCUUUCUACUAUGAGUUUUUGUGAGAAUGUUUUAGUGGCAGAAAUAGGUUAUGAAAUGCUAAAAGUUUUUUGUUAUAAAUAGAGUUGUCUUAAGGGGAGCCACCUUGAAUCCUAUUGACUCUUCUUUGCAUAAGCUUUUUGAAACUUAAGUUUUUUGCUUGUUGUUUGCCUAGGGACCAAAGUCUUAAAGACACAGAAUACAGGUGCUUGUUUUCUAUUGGAAGUGUUCACAUGAAAUCUGAUGCAGAUGCACAUGCAUUGAGACGUUUUGAGCAGGCAUUGCAAGUGGCCAGACAUGGAAACAAAAAAUUUGAUGAGGCAGAUGCUUUGAACAUGUUGGGGAAGGUACUUCAUACAACAUGUAGUGAGCGAGUAAUACAUUUAAUGUCCUUUGGUUGAAAAUGUUCCAAAUAAAUACAAGCUUCAAGUUUUUGGCCAACAGUGUUUUCGAAGACUGUAGCCAGAAGGUCAAACAGUCAGAAGCUUUUCAUUAUUACAAAAUGUUUAACCAGUGAAGGUUUUGAAUCUUCAGCAGUGAGACAUAAAUGUUUUCUUUAUGAAGUAGAAUCAAUGGACAUAUAGCUACUCUAGUUAGUUUAAAGGAACAUACGAACAACUCAAACAAUAACACAACUAAAAGCCUUCUUUCUCCCACUAUUUUAGAUCUUCUUGAAACUGGGGGAAUUUUCAGCUGGUCGUCAAAAUUUAAAGAAAGCUUACAUGAUCAAUAAAGCCAAAAGGUCGGAUGAUAUGGAGGAAAUUAAAUCUAAUUUGGCUACAGGUAAUAUUUUUAUAUUGGCUGGAUACAUGCACACAUUCCUAUGACAGUAAUAACUAUAUAGUUUCCUUUGAUAGUUAAGUUACUGUUUAUGACCAAACAAGGAGAAAGUAGGGUAGAGACAAGUAAGUAAACAGCGCCAUCAGCAUCCAUUUUGGUGGACAACAGAGUUGGUUUCUGUUGCACUAAGUUAGGUCAAAAAAUACCGUGAAACAAGAAGGGCAAGUAUUUUUGAAAAAUUUCAAAAGUGACAGUUUGUGAUUAAUGUCAUUUGCCAAAUCAUGGCAAGAGAAAGGUUGCUGCUCACAAGCUGAAACUUGGCAAGUGAAAAGUGUACUGAUAAAAGAUUUUGAUUGACAGGUAAAAAUUGAUGUUUUCGUAGUUUCCAUGGCAACAUAAACGAUUGAAUACAACCUUAAAAUUUCACUUUUUCCCAGUUUACAUAAAAUUCGCUCAUUAGAUUUUCUUAUUAACUUUCACACAGCUUUCUAUAAUUUAUUAUUACCAUUUGAAACUUAUUUGACCAAAUUUUAACAGACAGGUUUUUAGAUAAUCAAUAAUUUAAUUGUACUGUAAUUAUUAAAUGUGUCACAAAAUUCGUCUGUUUAACUUCCAUUUUAAAAUUGUCAUUACUUAAAAUACGAUAAAAGGAAAAAUUCUGCCAAAUAUCACAAAAUUCUAAUGAAUAAAUUUUGAGAAAUAGUCUUCUGUGUACCGUUGCUUUUUCGCCGCCAUGUUUGUUUCAUUUAAACCUAAGGUCAUGGAAAAUGUCAUGGAAUUUAAAGAGCUCAAAAGAAUAUGAACCCUGUAAAAUACAGUCAUGAAGUAUUGUCAGAUAGAGGUAUGUUUACCUGUUUGUUGUGUGUUGUUUUUGUCUCAGCUAUCAAGGGAAUCAAAUUUCAAAGAAAACAUGCAAAACUCUCGGAAUAUCCUUUGGAUGAACAAUUGAAGAUAUUGGAUACACUUGGGGACCUCUACUGCAAGGCAAAAGCAUUCCAAAAAGCUCUUGGUUGCUACAAGAAAGAGGUAUAUUAACUCUCUGUCAUUUGGUCUCACAAGGUCAUAAACCUUAACCACUUCAGACCUGAACCGCCCAUAACCACCCAUGUGGAUCCAUGCCCCUUGUGUCCUUUGUUGACCUGAAAAAUCUGAUGAAAAUCUUGUUCCACUUCCCAACUGCACUUCCAUGUUUCCUAUAGAAAUGAUCUGAGGGAAAAGAAAAACUACUUCGAGUUAGCGGGAGGUUCAAGUCAUCAAGGGUUCGAGUUACCGAGGGUAAAAUUACAGUAAAUGUAUGACAGAAAACCAGGGGAACUCGAUUUUGGUUUGAGUUAAAGCGAGGUUGGAGAUAGUGAGGGUUCGAGUCAAUUGUAUAUAGUCUGGAGUUAAUCUUUAUUGUUAUCAUUAUCACUAUCAUUAACAUCAUAGUUAUCAUCAUCAUUAUCAUUUUUCACUACUAGUCUUGGUUUGAUUAUGGAUGUAUUGAUUUCAUUUCCUUAAAAUCAGUUCUUGAUCUAUUUUUAGCUUGAGCUGGCUAAAUUGGCAGGAAAGUCUCAUAAGGAGCUAUCACCAAUAUAUGUUUCGUUAGCAAUAACUUAUUUUGAUCUAAAGUGUCCGGCUGAUGCCAUCAACUGUUACAUGGAAGAGUUGGAAAUAAUGGAGGAGGACAAUUACAAAGAGGUGAGCCAUAAAUGAGAAUUAUAACUGCUGCCUUUUCGUUGUUAACAGCUAAACCUUUUGUGUGCUUGGAUGACAAUGCAAAAGAAGUGGUUCCUUUGUAAAAACGUCUUUCUCAGUGAACAGAUUUCAGAUUUUUUAAUUUUUUGCACCAUUGCAAGAAGUUACUACAAAAAUUACAAUACAUUACUAAAGUAAGAAAAAUAACAGAACAAAUUACAUAAAUUAUCAAAGGUUAAAUGUGCGCAGUGACCAAAGGAGCUUAAGCUUUCGAGUUGGUCACCUGCCACGAGCAGCUAACUGGUGUAGGCAUGUACAUAAAAAACUACAAGUAUGUAAAUACAUUGACACCUGAAUUAAAUAAUUAUUGAUGGACUCCAUUGUUGUAACCACAAAUCCUUGUUGCAGUUCUCUUUUUUUUUCUAACAUUGUGUUCUUGUCUUGUGUCCUGACUCUUUGUUUUUUCUAAACUCCUCAUGACAGAUGUGUGACACUUGGUGUAAUAUUGCUUAUGUUCAUGAGAAGGCAGGACACGAAUAUGAUGAAAUCAAAGAUGCUUACAAUAGGGCACUGGGAUAUGCUGAGGAGUCUGGCAAGCUCUCUUCCGUGGUAGGAUUUGUGGAACAAUACAUAUAAUUGUGAAACGUCCCUCAUACCCCUCCCCUAAUCCAACAUUUUGUCCUAUUAAAGGAGUUAGUGUUAACAUUGGGUUAGGGGAGGGAAGGGUGGGUAGAUUCCAAGAAUCUCAGGCUGGUGUAGAUUUUGUUAACUCUUUACACCCUAAUGGUAAUCAGCCUCAAUCGUCUCCUCCUUUUAUCCCUGGCAAAUCCAACAUUUGUUUUCCUUGCUUGCUACUUGCUUGUUACUUGUAGUGUUAUUAAAACUGGAAGUGAUUAUCUUUGAACUCUGUGUCACAGCUGAGAGUUUGGAAAUGCCUGGCUGACACACAGAAAAUUCUAAACCAGAAAGAUGAUUGGAAAAAGUCAUUUGACAAGGUUACAGAGCUUGAAAAUCAGUUAAGUAUGGGAAAUGUGAUUGAUGAUGAUGAUGAAGAGAGGAAUAGCAUUGAGGAUGAUGAUGAUGAUGACCUAAUAGAAAAAGAACUUCUUCUUUCUGAUUCAGGUAAGUGGUAUUAUAUUGGGUUUUUAAGCAUAUUUUCCUUUGCAAUGACUCCCGUUUGAGACUACAACCUGUUAAUGUUACAGCAGUUCACAUAAAUGUUUCAGCUGCACUAUCCUGAGGUGGAUAAGGGUCAACUUGGUUAGAAACAAAAAUAUUGGGAAAUUCACUUUGCACUGUAUUUGCUGUCCUGGCAUCACCUAGAUGCAGUUGUUUUGAGAAUGGCCAAAAAAAUUAAAUGUACCUGCUGAGUAAUAUUUAAGGAGUGUUGUUUUACUUGUUGUUUUCUUUUUUUGUCUGGAGGGAAAAUAGGGUAAUGAUUGUUUGUUUGUUCCUUCCUCUGUUCUAGAUGAUGAUUGUGAUGAUGAUGAAGAAGAGGUCGGUCCCAGAAAGAGGAAUAAUCCAGUUUCAUCAAGACUAAGAAGAAAACAGGUUUGUUGAAGACAAACAAUAGAUAACCUAGAUUAUUCACUGGUUUUCUUAGCCUCAGUUACUCGCAUCAGUCUGUGUACUGGAGGUUCAUUUAUUCUUAAGUGCAAUUUAUCCUUCUGCUUGCAGCGCAAACUUGUAAACGAGAAAGGUGAGACUCCACUGCAUGAGGCUGCUAUUGCUGGGAAUAUACAGCGAGUCAAAUCACUGUUAGAAAAGGUAUGGGUAAUUUGUUUCUGCUGUUCUUUAACAUCAAGCUUUCACUAGGCGUUGGUCCUGGGGUAGAAUAUAAGCUGUGAAAAGCCAACUGUGAAUGCUCCAUUAAAAGAUUUCAAAACAAAUCAGUAUAGCUACUAGGAUAUCUUUUCAAUGUACAUGGCUUCAACUGCUUUCACCCCUGAUGAGAGGCAUCAAGUCUAUUGUAAGCCAUUGCUGGUACAUGAUAAUUUAUGCAAUGCUGGUUAUUAGCAACAGAGCACAAACAUUUCCUGGCUUUUUUGGCCCAGUGAGCAAUACACUCCUAACGUACCAGACAAUGUUAAAGCUUGUCACUUAUAGAAAGAUUUGGGCACCCACAGUGGUGCAAAUUCACCUCUAACCUGUAUUCCAGUCAUUGCAAUAAAUGCAUCAUGGAAGUAAUCUUGCUGUAAACAUUUUUAUUAAAUAUCAUUUUUAAUUCUUAAGGGAGCUGACGUAAAUGCAAGGGAUUAUUGUGGUUGGCUACCCCUUCAUGAAGCCAGCAACCAUGGACAUACAGGUUUGUGAGACAGUUAAGUCCAUAAGGCUAAUAAAUGUCAUAAAUAAUUAUUUUAGCGACUUUCCUGGAAAGAAUGAACUUUGUUUCUCAACAUAUAUUUGUAUGUUAUGUAUCCAUUUUGUUCACUUCAGCCAUAGUAGAGAUGCUACUGAUGGCAGGAUCAAAUGCAAACGAUCAGAGUGGUGAGCAUUGUUCUGGUGUGACACCCCUUCAUGAUGCCGCAGCCAAUGGGCAUAUUGAAGUGGUGAAACUUUUACUGGCACAUGGUGCUUCCAUCAAUCUUAAGGAUAACAAUGUAAGUUUGCUCUCUCUCUGGUAUAGUGCUUAAUACGAAAGUUAUAAGCCAAAAAUUUUGAUAGCUGUCCCAAAUUUUACUUUGUCACAGCUGAGACCCCCUUUUUUAUUUGGUAAGGCUGCAUUCAGUAUGUAUACUGUAGAAAGGGGGGCAGGGGGUGUAAUUUUUCAUAUCCCUUUUCCCUACAAAAAAUUUUAAGAACCCCCUUUCCCCCCCAAAAAAAUCCUCUAAUAUUUUCAAAAUUUUGCAAAUUUCAACCUCAACAUUUUUGCAAAGCAAAUUCUUAUAAAAAAAGUGUAUAAUUGUUGUUUUUAAUUGUCAAAAAGGAUGAAAAAGAAAAUGUAACUUUAAAUGUAACAGAAAAAUAGCCUGGUCAAUUCAUUGUACAACUUUUAUGCCUGCUGUCCAUAACAGUAACAAAUGGAAGUGGGCAGAACUAAAACACAACCCACAACCAUCAUUUUACCAAUCACUGACAAUCUUGCAAUUAUUGAUUCUUCAGUUCAUCAUUAUGGGUAUGUCAUGUUGGACUUAAAGGUCUUCCCAGUUUUUACUUUCAUUUUGUUCCGAGCUCAUUCCAUUUUUGAUUAGUAUUAGGUUUUUGCUCUUGGUUGUCUUUUUAAUAUUAUACAAAUGAAUCAACAUUCACAUUGUUGGAUCUAACCCAAGAUGCUCAGAGUGUGGUUUGCACUUGGUUGUGUGUCAUCGUACUUUACGUUCAACAAAGGGCUACCACUGUCUGUCCAUUACCAUGGCAAUUACCGGUAAUUAAAAGGCCAUAAGAUCACCUAAGUAGACAUACUUGAUUAAGAUCGGGUCUUGGACAGUUUUUGAAAGUUAAUUCUUAGAAUUUAUUCGUAGGAACUCAAUGGAAAUGCUCAAGACUAAUGCACCUGUAUAUCUAUUUUGUUACCAGGGACGUACAGCAUUAGAUGCUGCCGAGGCAGCUCUUAAGGGGAAUGCUGGUGAAGAUGAUGAUGAGUAUACAAAAGGACGAAAAAAAGUAGUCAAAUUUUUAAGGCAAUCCUUAGUGCAAGGGGAUUGUUCUGGGAUAAGGAGAAGAAAUGUUAUUCAUGGUGAGGAUAAUGAACAAGAAGAUAAAGAGGAUACAGCUUCAAGUACUUUACAAAGAUUUAAUGAGAAGUUAAAAAAGAAAGAGCAGGAAAGGUUGAGAAGAAUGAAUAAGAAUUUGUGUGAAGAGAACCAUUCAGAGGACCUGGAAAUAAGUCCAACAAAAAGAUUAAGUCAACAACAAAUUUUUGUAAAUGAGGAUGAAGAUGAGAUAGAAAGCUUGUCUUAUAGUGAUAGGCCUGUUGGCCAUCCGAGUAAUUCACAGAACAGUUAUAGAAACCAUGGUGAGGGUAUUCAAACGUUUUCUGAUGGUAGUGACUAUGAAGGACAUGAUUUUGUGCAAGUCGAUUGCCCUUAUGCAUCUUCAGACUCUGAGAACACGGUUGAAAUGGCUACAGUAGCUGAUGAAAAUAAUGGAAAUACUUUCCAUUCAUCUUAUGUGGAUCCUGUAACUGGAGUGAGUGGCCUUUUACUGGAAUGCAAUACUGCAUGGCUUGUAGAUGAUGUUGGGCCAAAACCUGCAAAGCGUAAGCGCCCAGCAAAGCAAACAAAGCUAACAAGUGGAUCAACUGUACAGAGGCGGUCAACUGCUGCAAUGCCUCGGCCUGGGCUAAACAAUAAAAAAUCCAAACCCACGACAAUUUCAAGACGUAGUCCUGGCCUAAGCCUUAGUAGGCCAAAACAAGCAAAAUUACCUGUAUCAAAGGAACCCAGAACAUGUCAAACUGCAUUCUCUUCUCAUUCAAUGGUGAAUAAUGCUUCAUCUCCAGUGACUGCCAGAUCAGAUGUCAAUAUUACCAAUGUUACAACAGGAACCCCAAGAACUUAUUCCCCUGAUAUAGCUUCCAGGCUAGGUCUGUUGCAAGCAGGUACCCCACCCAUGCGCCUUAGAGUACGGGUUCAAGACAAGGUGUUCUUGAUCCCCUGUCCACGGAGUAAUCAACAGGAAAGCAAGAAUAUUGGUUGGCUAGCUGAGCAGGUAGUGAAUGUUUCAGUUGUUCUUUUUUCCUCAUGCCAUAAGAUAGAAGGGCAUUAUAAAACACAUUGAGAAUUCCAUUCAUUGUAAAACACAUAGAGAAUUCCAUUUUUUCAAAGGGAAAUAAAUGACAAAAAAAAGUUGGAUAUUUUAUGACACUUUAUGUCUUGUUUAUCACCCUCUUUAUAUUUAAAUCAAAGGUCAUUAAUUUCAUCCAGAAAAGGGUUGUAAAUAUGUGCAGUUCUUUCUAAAGGCUCAGUUUAAUUCUGGUUUUGUUGAUGACUCAUCUGUGUGGCAGUUUCACUAAAACAGACAGUUAAUAGCCUGUAGUCACAUUUUAGUGCUAAAUGGUGUUAAUGGACCUCCAAAAAGGGAAAUGUAUCGGUUUCUAUAGACGUGGCCUUUGUGAGUUCAUUUAUGGGCUGAUGGUUGCUGGGAAAAAUCACAUUUCUUGCCAUUAAGAAUUGUCAGUCUGGAGCCUGUUCAGAUGCUGGCGGGUCACAUGAGCAUUAACUUAUCUGCGUCUGCAUUUUCAGGCCUCACUUCGAUAUUUUUCCAGUGUUGGGUUGCGACCUGUUUUAGCGUUAAAAACAAGUGAGGGAGCCUUUAUGUCCCCAGAGGACAAAAUUGUUGAUGUACUUUCAAGUAACGAGGAAGUUAUAGCUUCUGUGGAAUCGUGGGACCUGCCUACCUUGUCUGAGAGGUACCGUGACGCUUGCAUGAACACAAAUACAGGUAAGUUGAUUUAUUAGUUUGUAUAACACAUAGUUCAAUAUAUUUUUAAGAAAAUAAAUUUUCUGUGUAAUGAUUUAUCUAGUAGGCUCCUUUGCGGAUGGCAUUUUUACUGAUCUGACAUCCAUGAGGGUGAGUCAGGGCUCAAUGUCUCAUGGGCCAAUAAUAAAGGAAAACUUUGACUUUGUCACCCAUGUUGUAUAAAAAAUUUGUUUUUUUGAGUAAACUGCAGGUGAAUCUCCUUGACUUUAUUCGGUUUCUUCUUAAGCAUGCGUACUCGCAGCUUGCUCUUGAUUCGUCGAAAUUAUCAAACAUUCUAAAACAAAAGUGCUAGGGAUUCGGUCUCGUAAUUUCCUCAGUAUUUUUUAUGUGUUUACAACUCCAAAUGAAACACUUUUUGUCUCUUAUUUGGUUUUGAAAAUUGUAAUAGUAGUCCAUGAUGUAGAUCCUGACAUUCUGACAUCAAAAGCCUGCAAGAUAAGGAUGCAAAUGAAAAGAGAAAAGAAAUUUUAGGCUAUAAUGUUCCCUUGCUAGUCUUGGUCUAAUAGAUAAUUUACUAUUUAAAUUGACUAGCAACAAGACCAGAUGUUCUAUCCAUCCUUGAAGCUGAUCCUCAGUUGUCAAGCCUUACUUUAUCAAACAAAGCUUUGCAAGAUGUCCAUGUACUCCCACUAUUCAGAGCGCUACAAUGCAAUGAUGUACUUACUAAGCUCAUGUUGCCUGGCAACAGAAUAGGUAAGUACCGGUCUCGUCCUUAUCCACCACUACUGUGUGAAAAACAGGGCAAAGGUUAUCAUGCAAUGGCUCAUCUUUUUCAGUGGCAUUGUGUGUGAUGCGGGAGUUCCUAGGGAUCCCACAUUGAGGGAAACGUAUCCAUGAGGGAAUUUUCCAAAAAUAUAGGCAAAUAUUUACUUCUUAGCAAAGAGCGUUAAAAUUCAAAUGUUGUUUUGUCAAGGGGGGUGUUAAAUGGAGAUCAUUCUGUUAUACAUCUGAAGAAUAUAAAAAUACAAAAACGAACUGGCUUAAUGAACUCAGGACUUAUUUGCCACUGAAAAUUGGUGAAUGGUGAAAAAUAUUUUGCCCAGGCUUAUUAUUUUAGCAAGCUUUAAAACCUUAAAUUUGGUACCACCUUAAAAAUCUUAGUUUUUGAUUCAAUUUCUGUAGUUUUUGUAUGUAAGUUUAUUAAGACAUCAUUUUUUUAUUUGUUACAGGUGAUUCUGGUGUUCAGCAUUUGAUAUCAGCAAUUCCCACCCUCCCCUCCCUCGCUAUGUUGGACUUGACUUCCAACGGAAUCACGCAUAAAGGGCUGUCCCUUAUUGCCAAUGCAUUAGCUGCAAGAGAUUCAACAAGGACAGACACACAACAGGUAUCAAGUUUAAAGGGUAAUUGUCCAUCAUGCCCCACUCUGCCAAAUAAGCUCAUGGCUCCCGCCUUUUGCAACCAUGAAAUAAAAAGCAAGAACAUAGCAAAUGGUUUGAAACAAAGGGCGUAAUUACACAAAUGAAAGUAGGUUACACACUAAUCACACUGACUUACGCCAAAUUUUGUGUAGAUUUGUACAUGUGGCUUCAACUCACAUUGUCCAGAGUUUGUUUUUAUGGGAUUGUGUUUUCCUCAUACACAAACUCGAGCCUAAAUAUUUGCAGCAAACUUUAUUUUAGAAAUACCGUAAAAUUCCGAAAAUAAGCCCCGGGGCUUAUAUUUUUCAAAGGCCCUUUUUGAGGGGCUUAUUUUUGGAGGGGCUUAAAAAAAUUAUUCGGAGGGGCUUAUCUACGGAGGGAAAUUUGUGUUUUACAAUCGAUUGGGCUAACCAUAUAGUUGGAAGUAAAUUUACCGUUUUUGCUUUGUUUUACUUUGUAUUUGAGGGCAAUUUUCCAAGUACAAGCCCCCGCGGGGCUUUAAUUUGGAGGGGCGAUUUAACGGAGGGUUUUUUGUGUGACCAGAUUGGGGGGGUUUUAUUUGGAGGGGCUUAUACAUGGAGGGGCUUAUUUUCGGAAUUUUACGGUAGCCUGACGUGUUACUCUUUUGUAUUGUAGGAGACCCCUCUUCAGAAACUUGAAGAAUUCAACAUCAGCUACAACUGGCUGGGAGACAGUUGUGGCAGUUCAUUGGCUGUUAUUCUCAAAAGAUGUCCCAUUCUAAAUGCUCUAAAACUUGAAUCAUGUGGUCUUACUGGUCAACUUGCCGCUCAAGGGAAAGAGUUUGCUCUAGCUCUGAAAGGUAAAUAUCUCAAUUUUUAAAAAGCUCAGAUUAUCUCAUAUUUUGUUAUUUUUUUUUUUUGUAUUUUAUUUAUUUAUUUUCUUUUUACAGGUAUAGUACAAACAACAUACAGAUCGAAACAUACAAACAUUACAAAAUUUACAACAACUACCUUAAUUACAAAAAAAAAAAAAAAAAUAGAAAAAAGAAUAAAUAAAUAAAAAGCUACACUGCACUACACUACAACGCUUACAUAACUUAUUCGACUUGAACUUAAAAUACAGAGUAAUACAGGGAGUAUUAGAAAAACGAAGUUUGGAUAACAGCUACUGUUGUAUUAAUGGGAGUAACGGCUUCCAUUUUUUAUCAUGGAAAUGGAUUUUGUUGUUUCUUUUCGCGAUAAAACGUUCGCUUUGAAACGUUUUUUUAAAUUUAUCGACUAACAGUCUUACACAUAAACAGCCCUUAUUUAACUUACAGCGGUAAAUAAAAUAUUUGCUUUCAAGAAUGAUGUAAUUGACUGAAAUGUGUGUGUGCUGAAAGCUUCGUUAUAUUUCUUUUGCGCUGUUGGUAUACUGGAUAUCUUAGAAACAAAACUGUCAUAUAAUGACUUUGAUUUAAGAUUUUGGAAAUUGACUUUUUUCCCUUCAAUACGCAACUUGAAAUCAGUUUGGAUUAGAUCAUGAGUUUUUGAAGAGAUAGAGUUUUUAUUUGUUUUUAAUAUUUUGCGCCAUUCUUCAGGAAAAGCAUUGAAGAGACUGAAAAGUAGAAAAUGUUCAACUGGUGAGAGAGUUGAAUAUAAUGGUUCCUUGUUCGACUUGAAACCUCCCCACGUGUCGUAGAGGUCUCCAAUUUUUACAAUUCCAAGAUCAAUCAGCCUACUGUUAUAGACUGACUUUGAUUCAAUACAAAUAAACUGGUUGUUCCAUAUGACCUGAUUUGCUAUUUCAGAGGAUGAGGAGGGGUUGUCUUCAUUUAAAAGGGUCCACGCCACAAUGCAUUCUUUGUAAAAUUCUGGAAGAGUUACCGGUAGUUUAGUGUAGUUAAAAUUGCAAUGAAACAAGAAUUUUCCCCCUACUUUCUUAAGAUAAAAAUCCAGAAAAAACUUCCAGCCAGCGGGGUCAAUGGAGAGAUAUCUCUUAAUACAAAUUAUUCUUUGGGCAGAGAUCAUGGACUCAAUGUUAGGCAUUUUCAAGCCUCCUUUAUCAAUAGGGUUAAUAAAAGCUCUGCGCUUUACUUUAUCUUUUCCCUUCCAAACAAAGGAAUAUAGCAAAGUAUUUAUUUUUUUGAUAAACUCUUCUUUAUUUGAAAUGAGAACAACCCUGUAUAAAAUCUUUGGUAUGGCGAAAGACUUGAUCACUUGAAUUUUUCCAAGUAGUGUAAGACCUCUCCAGCUCCAGCUCUUCAGCAAUCCCCUCAGAGAUUUCUCGAUUGAUUCAAAGUUAAGCUUAUAAAACAGUGCGUGAUUAAAGAUGAAAUGAACCCCUAGGAUCUUUAUGGCCUUACUUAUUUCAUUAACACCUAGUUCUGAGCUGUUUACUUCCAUACUUCCUAGUAGAAGAAUUUCCGUUUUGUCGUGAUUGACCUUCAAUCCGGAGUAUGUACUAAACAGAUCGAUAGUAUCAAAAAGGGUGCGAUGCGAAAAUUUGUCCCUAACAAAUGAUGUCAUAUCGUCAGCGAAUAUAACUAAUUUGAUUUCGGAACCAUCCACCUCAAUACCCUUAAUUUGAUCGUUAUUACGUAUGGAUAAUGCCAAUAAUUCAAGUACUAUUAUGAAAAGAGAUGGCGAGAGUGGGUCGCCCUGGCGAACACCCGUUUAACAUUGAAAGAGGGGUGGAAAAACCAUUAUUGAAAACACAACUUGAUAUAUUAUUAUAAAACGUCUUGAUCCACCCCAAGAAGGAUUCUCCAAAGCCAAAGAACUCUAGCGAUUUGUGGAGGAAGUUCCAAUUUAGAGAAUCGAAGGCUUUCUCAAAAUCAAUUGCAGUCAUUAUACCUUGGUAGUCUCAAGAUUUUAGUAAAUUCCAACACAUCGCUUAUCGUGAUUUAGUUGCAUCAAAAUUGUUCGUCCUUUUACAAAGGCAUUCUGGUCAUAAUGGAUAAUAUGUGGUAGGACAUUUUCUAGCCUUUUAGCGAUAGCUUUUGAGCCAAUUUUAACAUCAACAUUUACCAGGGAAAUCGGUCUCCAGUUUUUUAUCCAUCUCCUAUCUUUGUCCUUUUUCUCAAUUAAAGUUAUUACGGCUUGCUUUUGCGAAUGUGAUAAUUCACCAUGAAAAUACGCAUAAUUUAAUGAGUCUACUAGAAAUGUUCCGAUUUCUGACCAUAUUUUGUUAUGGUUAUUGAUUAAUUGGAAACAGAACAUCAAGUCAUUCAUUUCAGUUUGUAAUCAUACUCAUUCUUGAUUAAGUCCGAUUUUGUUAAUCACCCAAAUUGAACUCCGCUCAGUGCUAUUACCACUAUUAAUCUAAAAAGCAUUCCUAAUCGUUGUUUAUUUGUGUCCCUACUGUUAGCUUCUCAUCUGAUUCAUCUCUCCGUGGCAUACAAUACCUUUGGUUCUCAAGGAAUAGGAAACUUAAUUAUGGCACUUCCAUGUGGGUCACUGCGUCACUUAAAUAUGAGCUCAACCAUGGAUGAAACAGGAAAUCAAGGACUUACAAAUCUGGUUGAUUUCAUGGAAGUAUGUGAAUAAUUUUAAGUUGAAAUUAAUGCUGAAUAACUCGGGCAAAAACAUCAUGUAAUCAGCAAAAUUAGAAAUCACAUUGAUAUUCAGAGAUUAAUAAUUGAUUUCUUUUGUAUUCUUCCUCUCAGCCUUGGAACUAGGUAUGAAUUUUGAUAAGCUUAAUAAGGCAAUGAGGCAAAGUGAUGAACUUAAUUCAUCCAUUUCAUCAGAAAAUCAUUAUACUGUGUGCAUGAUCAAAUGACUAAAUAUUACAUUUUUAUUUAAAAAAUUUUUGGCACAGGUAAGGUGGUUCUGAGCUCCCUCCAUACAACUUUUGGCAUACCUUGUGAAACGUUUAUUAUAAAAAAAUGGUGCUCACUAGAAUUGAUUAGUGUCUGUAAGAACCCAAAACUGAAAUUAAGGGCAUUUAUUUAAGGGCAUUUAGUAGUACUGUUGCUAGGUUAAUCGUCCACCUCAGUGAAAAUCAACUAAACUUGAUUUACUAAAAUAAAUAAGAAAAUAAACUAAAUGUCCGUUAUUUACCUUUGGCAGUGUUUAUAGCACUAAUGCUAGUGGGGUCAAGCAAGUGACUGAAACAAAUAACUAAGAAUUUAAAUCAAACAUAAUAGGGUUAAGAAUCCCAACUGGCCGGAGGUAAACCAGUAGAAAAUUUACAGCGUGGUCGAGGAUUUGAACUCAGAACUACCGAGAACAAAUCCAACUAGCAGUCAGGGUGCGACUUGAACUCGGGCCUCCGAAUUGCAAGUCCAUCGCCCUAACCGCUCAGCCAUGCUGCCUGCUUAUGAGUGGACAUGUAUCUUUUGGUAUUUUUAUUACCUUCGACUUCAAAAUGGUUGUUAGAAAGUCAGUUAAAGCCACCUAAGCUACCAACUUGUGUUUCUAUUAGAUUUCCUCGACAACAGUUGAUAUAUAAUAAAUUCCUAUUUUCUAUGUCACAGAGGAGUAUUUUUCCUUUUUUCAGGGGGAAACCUGUGUUCUUUCUGAUCUGAUUCUCGAGGAUUGUCACAUUGAUGACAAACUGCUAGAGUCCUUACUGAAGGCCAGACGCAUGACCACUGGACUGCAGCAUUUAAAUCUGAGUUGCAAUAACAUUGGAAAGAAUGGGAUUCCUUUACUUGCAAGGUUAGUCUUACAGAGCUUUGUGUUUCUUUUUUAUGGACAUGUUCUAAGAUAUUAAACAAAGGACUGGACUUUUUUCCCUGUUAUCAGAGCUGUAAACCAGAUUCGGUCACUAGAAAAUGUCCAACAAAUAUUUGUUUGUGUUUAAUGCCCACCAGAUGUCACUAAAACAGGGAACAGGUAGCAGGGAAUGAGCUUGGGGAGUGAGAAAAUGAAAAUGGGAAAAAACAGAGAAUAGGCCAUUUUACAGUUAUGGAUGGAAGCAAGGCUGAGGGUGACCUUGUUUUGAUACAAACCUUCCUGCUUUAUUAUGUAAAUCAAGUUAUUCUUAUGCUUACUAGUAUUUUUCAAGAACAAUUUCCAUAACAAAGCAAAGAAGGUUUGUAUCGAAACAAGGUCACCCUCACCUUCGCUUCCAUCCUUAACUGUAAAAUGGCCUAUUGGAAGUGAAGUUACUGAUAGGGCUAAGGUUCAAGGUAGGUUUUGUUCUCAUUUUUCAUUUUUCAUGGUUUUCACUAAGAAUUCAAGUAACAGGAGAAAGUAAUAACAUUACAGGAGAAUAUUUUGAAAGGGGCUUCACGUCUGAAUAAAAAAAUAGCCAUAGUCUACCAAACAUUUGCCGGAGAAUUUUCCGAUAACUGAUACCCAAUGAACACCCUUAUUCAUGCUCUGGUUCCUGUUCCCCAUUUUCAGUAACAUCUGAUGCCUACCAGAGUAGGGACAAGGUGGCCAGACAGAUCAAUACUGAAGCAUCAUGUCUGACAAUGUCUCUGGUUUUUCCAACUAGAUCAGUGAUCUGGUCAGAUAUAAUUUCUUUUUUUCUAAAAAAAAUAUAUGCAGGCCUAUGCUUUAAAAUAAGACCACUUUCCCAAGUUUUAAAGGUCUAAUGUCGCGUUUAGAAGAGCAAAGUUCAUUACUUUAUGAGUGGCCGUAGCACACAAAAUGAUAUGCAUGAGAAUGUUCUGCUUUUAAAUGAAUAUCCUCUUUAUCUUUUGGGUAUUUUUUUUCCUUUAGGCUAUUGAAUGAAACUGGGUCCAAACUAUCAAGUCUCAUUCUCACUGGAAAUACAGACGUGGGAACUAUCGAAGCGGCAUCAUUAUUAACAGCUGUUAAGGACAGCAGAACACUUCAAACACUGAAUUUGUCAGCGUGUGGAGUGAAGUCUCCUCUUGGUGUGACAUUUUUUGAUUCUUUUAGAACUUUGGCAUCUCAAAACCUUGGUUGUUUGAAUAAGCUGGAUCUGUCUCAUAAUCUUUUAACUGUUACUGAUAGAGAGCAACUGGCAGACAAGUGGAAUUCCAGCUGCUCAGAAGACAACUUUGCUUGUUUGGAGAAUACACUUUGCAUGUUUACAAAAUAA